AUGGUGGAAUUGACUCUAGCCGAUCUGGUUUACUCGCCUCGGUGGUCGCUUCAACUGUGGAAUGUUUUGGUGAACUGGCUCGAUUUUUUCUACCAAUUGAUCCUUCGUGCUUUCGCUCAUAAUCCUCUUCUCUAUACUUCCUCGUCUACGAAAGCUAUCGCCGAUGUUUUCAAACCGUUGUCAGUCAUCGAAUUACCGGAGAUUGCGGCGGAAUCACCCGUCGCCGUCGAAAUCGCCUCGGAAGGAGAAGUCAGUAGCAUCCAGAGACUCACGGUAGUUCUCGACUUAGAUGAGACACUAGUGAGUGCGUAUGAGACGUCAAGUCUAUCUGCUGCUUUACUGUUUGAGCGUCCAGGGUUGCACGAAUUCUUAGAGCAACUCAGCCAAUUUGCACAUCUUAUUCUUUUUACCGCUGGUCUCGAAGAUUAUGCUAGACCGCUUGUGGACAGAAUAGAUGCCAAAAAUGUAUUUAGAGACCGGCUUUAUCGACCUUCUACAGUCGGCACGGUAGUUAUCGUCGACAACAAUCCUUACAGCUUUGUUUUACAACCUCUAAACGGUAUUCCAUGUGUUCCGUUUUCCGCAGAACAGCCAAAUGAUACUCAGCUUCUGGACAUUAUACAUCCAUUGCUUAAGCAAGUUUCAGAAGUAGAAGAUGUAAGACCAGCUCUUUACGAAAGAUUUCACAUGCCUGAAUGGUUCGAAAAGCAUGGCAUACCGCGGUCGUGCUGGACAUCGUCACAACUCCCUGAACCGAAAUAG